AUGGUGCUCCAGCUGGCCAUGUCUGGCAAAUUUGAUCAAUUGGGGUUACAAGUAGCGUACGAGGAGGCCGCCCAGGGGUUUUCCGAGGGCGGGGUCCCCAUUGGAGGGUGUCUAAUCGACAACGAAUCCGGUGAGGUGCUUGGUCGUGGCCACAACAUGCGGUUCCAACGGGGGAGUGCCACAUUGCACGGUGAGAUCAGCACUUUGGAGAACUGUGGGAGGCUACCUGGGGGUGUUUACAAGCGGUGUACGCUCUACACGACUCUUUCGCCCUGUGACAUGUGCACCGGUGCUAUUAUCAUGUACGGUAUCCCGCGAGUUGUCAUUGCGGAGAACAAGAACUUUGCGUCCCCCGGGGAGGCGUACUUGCGCACCCGUGGCCACGAAGUGGUUCUCCUAGAGGAUGCGAAGUGUAUUGGCCUGAUGUCCAAGUUCAUCAGCGAGCGUCCUCACGACUGGUUCGAGGACAUUGGCACAGAGCACAGCUAA